AGAUAUGUCGAAUGAUAAAGGAUCAUUGGAAUGUCUUCCAAUUUAUUCAUUCCUCUUUCUGAAUGAAAAAGGUUCUAGCUUAUAUAAUGCUUAUGACCGAAGUGAGGUAGAAGAUAAAUUAGUUAUCAAAAUCGACCAAGAUGCCGUGAUUGACAUAGAUGCUUCGCAAGAAGAUAUGAAAACAACUGAUGUUAAGGCACAAGAAGUAUUCUUUCGAAUCUGCCUAUCUUUUAUAAGAGCCUUCUGGGAAGACAUUCUUAAUGGAUUAAUAAUCGCUACAUCAUCGGACCUUAGCAAGUGUAGCUACCAUAUUUUAUAUGCACCAGCUCUUCUUAUUGAUCAUCAUGAGCUCAAAGUAUUUACUGAAUUAGUAUAUACUAUAACCGGUGAAAAAUUCGGUAGGUUUAUCGAUCGGAAAUUACCUGGUCAAAAUUUUAACCUUCGCCUUAUUGGUUCAGCAAAAAAAGGUCGUGUAAAGCGCAUUCUUCAAUUCUCUCUAGAUAAUGGCUGGAAUGAACUCAAUCAUGUUAGGGUUCAACCGCCUUCUAGUUUAAGACUUAAAGUAAGGCCUCGGAUGCUUAGUGAAGAAAAAAAUAAUAAUCCACUAAGAAUAAUCGUAGGUCAGGAUGUAUUGCAAAAAUGCGCGAAACUUGUUUUGCAAAAACAUUCUAACUAUCUUAGGGAUUGGACUAUCGAAGAAAAGGAUGAAGAAAACUUUGUAUAUUUUAACCGGAAAGGUCCACUAGAAUGCCCACUGUGUAAACGUAUACAUGACAAGGAUCAGCGGUGGUUUGGUCGUGUAUAUGCCAGCAGUGGAACAUUCAUUGUAAAAUGCUUUCGGCAAGAUAGUGAUGAACCUGGAGAAGUUUUUGAAUGCGACUCAUCUAUCGCAGAAAAAAUUAGACAAGAAAAUAAAAAUUCUCCACAAUCAUCUAACAAGGUAAAAGCCCCCAAUUUUCCUAAAGCCUUUGUAAAAUUCCCAUCUUGGGUCAAGUAUAAUGAACCCUUUACAGCAACAGAAACAUAUGAGAAGAGGUAUAUAAAACCAUUAUCCAAUGAAGGUGAUAUCUAUGUUAGAUCACCUUGGGAAACAGGAAAAACAUAUGUUCUUGAAAAUCUGGCUAUUCCUGAUGAUGUAAAUUUGCUUGUAUUAUCUACGUGUCACUCUUACUCGAAUACUAUUACUACACGACUUAAUCUUAAAUCAUAUUGCGAUAUUGAUGGUAAUAUAAAUCUACCUGAUCAUAAGAGGGUAGUGUGUCAGAUAGAGAGUCUACAUCGCAUUAUCAAUAAUUGCAAAUGUGAUAAAAAGUGUAAAUGUUCUCCAAGCCAAUAUGAUUUAUGGCUUGAUGAAAUAGUAUCUAUAAUUGCUCAGGCACAAAGUCGUUUAGCGGGACAAUCAAUAGAGAAACUAUAUAAACUAAUUCAAGAAGCGAGACGCAUUAUCGUUAUGGAUAAUGAUCUUACUGAUCUUAAUAUCGAAUGGAUUAAGACCCUUCGUAAGGAUAAACUAUUCUCUAUUAUCCACAAUACUUACCAGCCUCAGAAAGGUAAAACAUUCCGCCUAGCUCCUAAUAAAGAGUCUAUAUUAGUCGAACUCUGGGAUUGGGCCAAACAGACUUCCUUGUUACCUUUUGAGAAUCGUAAAAGUGCAUCACUUAUUUGCCAUCUUAGAAAAGAUCUACAAGGGAUUAUUCGCGCUCUCAAGACUGAAUUUCCAGAACUAAAAAUCAAGGAAUAUCACGGUAAAUCUGAUCCAAUAGAAAAAGCUCAAGAUUUCAGCAACGUAGAAGAAUCAUGGAAAGAGAUUGACCUAGUUGCUUAUACCAGCACUUUAAAAAUAGGAGUAUCUUGCAUUAAUCCUAAGUUUGAACGAGCAUUUUGUAUCUUUAAUAGUUAUAUAGAAACGAAUGCUGGAACGAAUCAGAUGCUAUUUCGCAUGCGAUGCAUUAAGGAUUAUAUAUGUUAUAUCGAACAAAGAUCAUCUAAUGUUCCCAUUACAGAAAAAGGAUUAUUUCAAUGGUUACUGAAGGCCAAACGUGAAUGCCUCCCUCGUGAACUUCAAAAUAGAGGGGUUUUUCCAGAUGUAGAUUCUAUUAUCCGGAAUAAAGAUGUGCCAACUAUUCGAUUGUGGGUAGCAUAUAUGUUGGAAAAUUUCCGUUUCCGAUAUUUAUUUGGUUGGAGGAUGGUUGAUUUUCUCCGAAAGGCAGGUAUGGUAGUUUCUGUCAUAGAAUUCGUUCCUAAACCUGAAGAUAUUAUGAUAUUGCUAUCCCAAACAGUGAAGACGAGUUCUUCUAUUGUUAAAGCAGAGGAGAUAUCGAAUAUAUCUAAUGCUUCUAUUGUCAACCAUGAGACUGCUGAAUUAUUAGAGAAUAAGCCAAAGAAGACUUUAGAAGAGACGCGCUCUUUAGACCGGCAUCAUAUUGUGGAUU